AAGAGCCGCUUUGAGAUGUUCUCAAACAAUGAUGAAGCUGUGAUCAACAAAAAACUUCCAAAAGAGCUGCUGCUUCGAAUUUUCUCUUUCCUGGAUGUGGUCACUCUGUGUCGUUGUGCUCAAGUUUCCAGGGCAUGGAAUGUUCUGGCCCUGGAUGGCAGUAACUGGCAGCGAAUUGACCUGUUUGAUUUCCAGAGGGAUAUUGAGGGCCGAGUAGUUGAGAACAUUUCUAAAAGAUGUGGGGGUUUCUUGCGGAAGUUAAGCCUGCGUGGCUGUCUAGGAGUGGGAGACAAUGCGUUAAGGACAUUUGCACAGAACUGCAGAAAUAUUGAAGUAUUGAACCUAAACGGCUGUACCAAGAUCACAGAUGCUACGUGUACCAGCCUCAGUAAGUUCUGCUCUAAACUCAGGCACCUUGAUUUGGCUUCCUGCACUUCCAUAACCAACCUGUCUCUGAAAGCACUGAGUGAGGGAUGCCCACUGCUAGAACAGCUGAAUAUCUCCUGGUGCGACCAAGUGACUAAGGAUGGCAUCCAGGCUCUGGUGAGAGGCUGUGGCGGACUCAAAGCCCUGUUUCUGAAAGGCUGCACGCAGCUUGAGGAUGAAGCUCUGAAAUUCAUUGGUGCGCAUUGUCCCGAACUGGUGACUUUAAACCUUCAAACAUGCUUACAAAUAACAGAUGAUGGUCUCAUUACAAUAUGCAGAGGAUGCCACAAGUUACAAUCCUUGUGUGCUUCAGGCUGCUCUAACAUUACAGAUGCCAUCUUGAACGCCCUGGGACAGAACUGCCCAAGGCUUAGAAUAUUAGAAGUUGCAAGGUGUUCUCAACUAACAGAUGUGGGCUUUACCACUCUAGCUAGGAACUGCCAUGAGCUUGAAAAAAUGGACCUGGAAGAGUGCGUCCAGAUAACAGACAGUACACUAAUCCAGCUUUCCAUACACUGUCCACGGCUUCAGGUUCUGAGUUUGUCCCACUGUGAGCUGAUCACGGACGAUGGGAUUCGUCACUUGGGAAACGGCGCCUGCGCACACGAUCGCUUGGAGGUGAUCGAGCUGGACAACUGCCCGUUGAUCACGGACGCCUCCCUGGAGCACCUGAAAAGCUGCCACAGCUUGGAGAGGAUAGAACUGUACGACUGUCAGCAAAUCACGCGGGCAGGGAUCAAGAGACUCAGGGCCCAUUUACCAAAAGUCCAUGCCUACUUCGCGCCUGUGACUCCACCUCCUUCGGUCGGGGGCAGCAGACAACGCUUCUGCAGAUGUUGCAUCAUCCUAUGACACUGGAAGUGGUCAUCCUGGCAAACUGAGUAUUUAAUUACACUUGUAGAAUUACGGUGGACACCAGUAUCUUCAAGGAAAGCGAUACCAGUGUCAUUUGCAAGGGCCAGUGAGCAGGGCUGUGGUGCCAGGCCCCUGUAGCCACCCAUACACACACGUAUACACACCCCACCCGUUCCAGCGAAGCGAUGAACUCCGCAGUAUGGGAGCUGGAGCCAUGUUGGCUUUUUCUGUAGGUGGAUUGGUAUAAUUCUGAACCAUUCCUACUGGGCGUGCUCAGAUGAAAUCAUUGCGGUAAGGAGGGGAGGUUUUGCGAACCCAGAGUGACUGUUGCUGCUGUUGAGGUUGGAAACUGAAAUCCUUUGAAAUGGGGAGGGGGGAGAGGAAAGGAACAUGCUUUAACCCUGCAUCUGUUGUCCAGAGGAAAAAAAAAAACCCGAACCUGAAAACCCCGGCAAGUUUUGUGUCCAUUCUUCAGUGAGGGAAUGAAAGAGCAGCUGUUGUGAGACAUGGUUU